UACCGCGAAAGCAGAGAGAGAGAGAGAGAGAGAGAGAGAGAGGAUGUUUCAGCUUCAGUCUCUCUGCACUAUCCCCUCCCAAAACCCUAGGCUCUGCUUCCACCGCUCUCUCAUCUCCCGUCAACCCCUCGGCUGCGACCGCUCGACCACCGGCGGAGCCUCCCGGGUGCCUGUAUCUCGGAGCUCGAACCGGAAUCUCUCCUUGAAAUGCCGCCAGUCCGAGUACUACGAGCAGCAGCAGCGGUACGGCGCAGCAGUGAACUCCUCCACCGGUGGUGCGGGAACCUCACCACCUAAGGUUUUCGUGGGCCAUUCGAUAUACAAAGGAAAGGCGGCAUUGACAGUUGAGCCGAGAGCUCCGGAUUUUACUUCUUUGGAGUCAGGAGCAUACAAAUUGUCCAGGGAAGGAUUUGUGCUGCUUCAGUUUGCACCAGCAGCAGGCGUUCGCACAUAUGAUUGGAGUAGAAAGCAGGUUUUCUCGUUAUCAGUGACAGAGAUAGCUACUGUUAUUGGCCUUGGUGCGAGGGACUCCUGUGAAUUCUUCCACGAUCCUUUCAAAGGGAAAAGUGACGAGGGCAAGGUACGGAAGGUUUUGAAGGUUGAGCCCCUUCCAGAUGGCUCUGGGCACUUCUUUAACCUCAGUGUUCAAAACAAGAUGGUGAAUGUGGAUGAGAGUAUUUAUAUCCCUGUCACUAAAGCGGAACUUACUGUCCUUGUCUCUGCUUUCAAUUUCAUAUUGCCCUACUUGUUGGGCUGGCAUGCUUAUGCGGACACGGUAAGGCCCGAUGAUGCCCAAAGAACAAACAAUGCGAAUCCUAGGUAUGGCGGGGACUUCGAAUGGAGCAGAUAAAAGGGUUUUGAUUAGAGCCUCUUCAGCACUGGUGAACAUAGACACGAAUAUUUUAUGAGCUUCUAUGCUCAUUUGUAUCUUCCCGAUAGGGGGAAAUUUUGUACGUGACAUUACUCAUAAUGUGGUAUCUCUUCGCUCUCUUGAUUGUCUCAGUAUUCAUGUCGUAUCUAUUUUGUGAUCUAUCGAUCAAGCUAAAAAUCGUGUACCUGAAGCACCUGGAGAAUGGACAGGUUAUGUUGCUUAUUGGUCUUAA